AUGGCCGGUAAGCAGACACCAUCUACUCGCGCCCGUACGAUGAAGCUGGCGCGCCCCGCACGCCGCCGACACGCGCAAAGCAAACCCCAGCCCUCAAUUGAUGCUGACCCAGCGACUGCAGAAGAAAUCAGACGUUCAGGACGCGCCAACAAGGGCCACCACACAAAGAACCAAGAUGCGCUCGAAGAGCCCUCCCCCGCCCCCAAGCCCAAAACACAGCCAGCGACCGAGAAGAAGGGACAGGCGCACGGCAAGAAGGGCCAAGCCAAGGGCCAAACACAGCGCGCGCAAUCAACACAGUCGGCCGAGCAGGACGAUGAAGAGGAAGAAGACGCCAUUAUCCGCUGUGUGUGUGGCGACCAGCGCGACAUUCGCGGACGUCAGAUGAUCUGUUGCGAUAGCUGUGCCGCCUGGCAGCACAACAAGUGUCUAGGACUCCCCGAAGGAGACUUCUGGGAGGGCAAGGACUACUACUGCGAACAAUGCAGACCCGACCAGCACGUAGAGCUGCUCGCUGCCAUGGCGCGUGGAGAGCGGCCGUGGGCGCGCAAGAAGGGCUCCAAGCCAAAGGCCCGUCCUAGCGAUGUCAAGCCGGAUACUGCCAGCGAGAAGGCCAGCACUCCACAACCCGCAACUACGCCCCUGCCAGCCCCACCGGCUCCUGCUGAAGCGUCGACUCCUACGCCCGCCCCCAUAACCGUGCCCACUCCGGAAGCAUCCAACGGACACGCCGAGCCAAAGGUAGCCUCUCCCGCCCGGCCCAAUACCACUACCACUCCCACUCACAACAUCAAACAGGGCACCAAGAGCCAGCCACAGUCUCCCCUUGGCGAGAAGCGGCGCCAUGAGGCUAGUGCGGAAAAGCCAAACGCGAGCAAGAAGCGUAGAAAGUCUAGCCACGUAGAGAGCAAGCCCGCCCCCCAGAGUGCUACAGUUAGCGACAUCGACGCGCUUCCGCCGAACCAAAAGACGGUAGCGGAGAAACUUCGAGAGACGCUGACCCCACUGAUCAAUGCUGCCUCUGACAGCAGGGGAUACCGCAUCCCCGAUGGACAGACCGCCAAGUCUCUGGCCACCAAGUACACCCUACAGAUGAGCCAUGCUGCCUUUGAGCUUUACGGCGAGCCCACUGGAGGCUCAUCACCUUACUUCAACAAGUUCCGCACGAUCAUGUUCAACGUCAAGAAGAACACGCUCUUGGUUGACCGCCUGCUCUCAGGAAGCUUGAAGGCUGGAGAUCUCGUAGGCAUGGAGGCUGAAGAAAUGGCAAGCGAGGACAAGCAACGCGAGUAUGCCGCUAUGCGAGAGGCAGCCGAGAAGCAGAUGAUUCUAACUGAAGAGACUGGACCGCGACUCCGCAAGACACACAAGGGUGAAGAGAUUGUCGGCGAAGACAACUUUGAUAACGAUGAUUACCCCACUGUUCGCGAGAGCAUCGCUGAAGACGCGGUAAUGCAGUCACCCAUGGGUACACGUCCGCCAGAGACUCCGGCUUCUGCAUCACGAGGACUCCCGGAGAUAGACACUCAGCAGGACAGCGCACGUCGAGCUUCAAACAACUUCGACAUCAAUUCCGUCUUUGACAAGGUCCGGUCACCACAGCAUGAUCAACAAGCCUUCCUCCAUCGCCGUCACAGCUCCAUGCACACCCAAGACAAACCUCAAUCCGCCGUCGACGAUGCAGACGUUGACAGAUUACUAAAGGAUGAAGACAACGAUGUUGAAAUGUCCGGUUAUUCAUCAGAUCCGACUGUAUGCUGGCAAGGAUCCAUCAACAUGCAAUCCAUGGAGCCUUUCGAUGCUGUCGCUCGAUUCGUUGCUGGUGGCGACUUUGGUCAAGUUGUGCCAUGGGAAAAGCUGCUGACCAAUGUCGUGGCAAUUCAAGGACGCAUAGAAAGCAGCAAAGGCAACGAUUACAUCCAAAGCAUCGCACAUACUGAAAGUCACGAAGUCAGCAUCCUCGCCAUUAGUCCUGUCACUACAGAUGGACGCUCGGUCAUGGACCAUCUAUUCCAAUACUUCCACUCCCGUGGCAGAUGGGGCGUAGUACCAGUCGAGGACAACGAUGUACUACGCGAUCUCUAUGUUAUCCCAAUUGAAGAGGGUGGAAGCAACCUGCCUCCGUUCAUCGAUAUGCUAGAGUACUGCACGAUCGAGACACCUCGUAAAGAGCACAUGUUGAUCCUGGCCCUCGUCGCGAAACUGCCAGAAAUGAAGCCUCAGCUCCCACCCACAGAACACUUUGAGAGAUAUCCCGCUCAAGAGAUCGCAACUGGCCAGACUGCUCAACACGCCCACACUGGCCCGGCCCCAUCGCCAAUGACCAACCCUCACGCACCGCAAUUUUCGCCAGUCAGCGCAGCCUAUCCUGCUCCGGGACAGUACGGAAACCCAUUCGCGCCACCGCCUGCCAACAUGGUGCCACACCAACAACCCACGCCACCCAUCAACGCGCCGCCACACCACCAGAUACCCAAAGCCCUUGAGAUUCUCGGUCCCUAUAUCGAUGCACCCGUCAUUGUCACAAUUCUCGGAUCUAGCUUAUCCCAGAACUCUGUGGUGUCGGAGCUGCAAAUGAUCAACCUGAGGCAUAUUGUCGAAACUGUACCUGAAGCCCGAGACAACAUUACCGUCCUUACGAAUCACCUUCGCUCGAAGACUGAGACUAAUGGGCAACAGCCGCAGCAGCAGCAAGUUCAGCCCCCUGGCACCUUCUAG